CUUAUCUUUUUCCUCCUCACUUCCGUUAUCUUCACGGCUUCUCUCCGUCAUCACUCACCUCCACCCCAUCACCGCAGCGGAAGUAUUUCUCAAUAAACUCCGCUUUGUAUGUAAACUAUCAAUAACCCCCACCCCACCCCCCCCAAAAAAAACGAAUAUGAAAACCUGCAUAAUCGUAUAACGAUUAUAAAAAUACGUUUAAUUUUAUGAGCUACGGUUUGAUUGUAUAAUUGGGAGAGGAAAAAUACAAAAACUCGCACACAUAUAUAGAUGGCAGUGUUGUUGGAGGAUAUAGUGAAGUCAGUGGAGCAGUUGCUGAAGCUGAUCGGCAAGAACAGCCAGGAGCAGGCUUACGUGGACCCGACGCUAGACCCGGUCCUCUUGGUACCUGGUAUCGCCGGUUCUAUCCUUAAUGCCGUCGAUGAGAAAACAGGUAAAGAGGAGCGGGUUUGGGUCCGGAUCCUUGGGGCUGACCACGAGUUUUGUACCAAGCUUUGGUCUAUCUUCGACCCUACUACAGGUCAAUUUUCUGAUUUUUCCGUAUAUCAUGUGAUCUAUACUGUCUAUUUUUUUCAUGAGCUUUUGUUUCAAUUUCUGUUCCUGUUAUACCUUCGCCUGUACAAUAUGCAUGUUCCUGCUGGGGGUAUCCGAUUAUUUGCUCAUUUUUAUAUUUUUAGACAUAUAUUUCUGCAUUUCAGGUUUCAAGGAACAAUGGAGGGCCUAGCAGCGAAGCUUGAGUCAGUGUAUACUGCAUCUGGGGGAAGAAAAAUUACAAUCAUAAGUCAUUCCAUGGGUGGUCUUCUUGUUAAAUGUUUUAUGGGCCUGCAUAGUGAUAUUUUUGAGAAGUACGUGAAGAAUUGGAUUGCAAUAGCUGCACCAUUCCGCGGUGCUCCUGGAUAUAUUACCUCUACACUUUUGAAUGGAGCAUCAUUUGUGGAAGGAUGGAAACAGAAUUUUUUCAUUUCAAAAUGGAGCAUGCACCAGAUGUUGAUUGAGUGCCCAUCAAUAUAUGAAUUGAUGGCCUGUCUAGAUUUCCCUUGGGAACACAUUCCACUUCUGGAAAUCUGGAGGAAGAUGUCUGAUAGUGAUGGAAAUUCCACCACCAUGCUAGAGUCUUAUCCCCCAAUAGAAGCGGUAUCAAUAUUUAUGGAGGCUCUUUCAAGCAACAAGGUUAAUUAUGAUGGUACUGAUAUUUCUUUACCAUUCAACUUGGAGGUUUUGAAGUGGGCUAAUGAAACACGAAAGUUGUUGAGCUGCGCUAAGGUUCCCAAUCGUGUUAAGUUCUACAAUAUUUAUGGGACAAAUAACGAAACACCCCAUAGUGUUUGUUAUGGAAGUGAGGAUGCACCUGUAUCUGACCUGCAACAGUUACCUGCUCUCAUGGCAAAGUACAUAAAUGUUGACGGUGAUGGAACUGUUCCAAUGGAAUCUGCUAAGGCAGACGGGCUUCAAGCAGAAGCAAGGGUUGGAGUCCCUGGGGAUCACCGUGGAAUUCUUUGUGAUCGUCAUGUGUUCAGAAUUCUCAAGCACUGGUUGAUGGCAGACCAUGAUCCUUACUACAAUCCAGUUAACGAUUUUGUAGUUCUACCUACCUUGUUUGAAAUUGAAAGUCACAAAGCAAGCAGCGGCUUGCAAGUAACUUCGGUGAAAGAGGAUUGGGAAAUUAUUGGGGAAAACCAAGAACAAGAACAAGACAGUGUUGCUGAGAAAAAGCCAUUGGUGGGUUCAAUUUCCGUCUCUCGCGUUGGAGGUGAUAAAUCCUUGCAGGAAGAGGCCCGUGCCACUAUUACUGUUCAUCCCCAACGCAAUGGAAAGAAGCACGUUGGGUUAAAGGGCAUGUCUAUCUCGGCAGGUGCAUAAAGAACCUUCACCAUCGUUGGACUAUGGUAACGGUCAUGGAAAAAUAGGCAACCUUCAUGUAUUGGUUAGUGUUGUGGUUGUUCUCUGUAUAUUUAUAGAGUCACGUAUUAUCAUAUAUGUAUUCUAUUGGAACGUGGUCUACGAAUAUCCGUUGUAAAUAGCGUCAGUUUUACCUCUUCAUUGCCAUGUAUCUAUGGCUAUACUGUAUUGGGGCAUUUCUUGCAGAACGUUUAAAUUUAGCCCUUCUUUGAGUGGCAUUAUUAGAAUGAAAAUGUAUUUUUGAAUAGUGUA